CAAAGUUCGAGUAGCUAUAAAGAAAAUCAGCCCUUUUGAGCACCAGACGUAUUGCCAGAGAACUCUGAGAGAGAUCAAAAUCCUCCUGCGCUUCAGACAUGAGAAUAUUAUCGGAAUCAAUGACAUUAUCAGAGCUCCGACUAUUGAGCAAAUGAAAGAUGUAUACAUUGUGCAAGAUCUCAUGGAAACAGAUCUUUACAAGCUCUUAAAGACUCAACACCUCAGCAACGACCACAUUUGUUAUUUCCUUUAUCAGAUCCUGAGAGGGUUAAAAUAUAUUCAUUCAGCCAAUGUGCUGCAUCGUGACCUCAAACCCUCCAACUUGCUGCUUAACACCACUUGUGAUCUCAAGAUUUGCGACUUUGGAUUGGCUCGUGUUGCAGAUCCAGAUCAUGAUCACACAGGGUUCCUGACAGAAUAUGUAGCCACGCGUUGGUACAGAGCACCUGAAAUUAUGUUGAAUUCUAAGGGUUAUACCAAGUCUAUUGAUAUCUGGUCUGUAGGAUGUAUUCUGGCAGAGAUGCUCUCCAACAGACCCAUCUUUCCAGGAAAACAUUACCUUGAUCAGCUGAACCAUAUCCUUGGUAUACUUGGAUCUCCUUCUCAAGAAGACUUGAAUUGUAUAAUCAAUGUAAAGGCCAGAAACUACUUGCUUUCUCUGCCACACAAAAAUAAGGUACCAUGGAACAGGCUGUUUCCAAAUGCAGACCCCAAAGCACUUGAUUUGUUGGAUAAAAUGUUGACCUUUAAUCCUCACAAGAGAAUUGAAGUGGAGCAAGCUUUGGCCCAUCCAUACCUGGAGCAGUAUUAUGAUCCAAGUGAUGAGCCUGUAGCUGAAGCACCCUUCAAGUUUGACAUGGAAUUGGAUGACUUGCCGAAGGAAAAACUGAAAGAACUAAUUUUUGAGGAAACUGCUAGAUUCCAGCCAGGAUAUCGAUCUUAAAUUGUGCAUAGGACAAGGACUUAAAGGACUGGGCAUGCUCAAAUGUUGCUGUUCCUCUUCCCAGUUCUUGUAUCCUUGGUCAUGUCUUAUGGCCUA